AUGUCCUCAAUAGGAGUUUCUGGCCCAGCCAAGUUGCAAGCUGUCACCACCCUUGUCAACAAACUGACCGAGGACCUCAAGAGCCAAAGUCUCUCGCCAGAAGAACGAGACAAGGCCCUGGAGGAACUCAAGGUGUACGGCCGAGACCCUAGAAAUGCCGACCCCAUCUUCACCAAGCAAGGCAUUGAGACGCUCACAAAACAUGCCUUCGACUCGCCGUCAGAAACCACCUCUCGGAAUGCCCUCCGUGUGCUCUGCAACGCCAUGCUCCUCAUACCCGAAACACGACAGCGCUUCGUUGACCUAGGCUAUGAGUCCAAGGCCUGUGAAAAGCUCAAGAACGACAACUGGGACGACGAAUUUCUGGCCACCCGAGUCAUCUUCUUCAGCACCUAUGGCACUACUGUUGACCUUACCAAGCUCAUUGAUGAGCAUCACCUGGCUGAGAGCAUGGUUGCGAACCUUGCCCGCCACGCCUCCAGAAUCUCCGAGCAUGCCAAGAACAAGACCAAGCCAGACCCUAUGGAACUCAUGGCCCUGGGAGAGACACUACGUCUCCUGUUUAAUGUCACCAGCAAAUGUCCAUCCAAGGUGGACUGUUUCACAGCCGCGGUUCCGCAUAUAGUGACCCUUCUUCUCAGCUUGGAUAUCCCACCAAAGGGAUCACCGCCCCUCGAGUCUCCCCUCGGUCCUCUGGUCAAUGCGCUCAUGAACCUCAAGCUCAAUUCCGAGGAAGCACGGUCAUGCCUCUACCCCAAGGACGCACCCUCCAGUCUCGCCGAAAAGCUCAUCACCCUUCUCGAUCUCUCCCUCAAAGCCUACUCAGACCAGGAACUCGACGCAACCGUCACCCCUCUAGCCUGCAUCAUCUCCUCCAUCUACGAGAAUGCCCCAGCCGACUCCCCCGUCCGUGACUUCAUCCGCAAGAGCCUACUCCCCUCUGAAGAGGAGCGUACCAAGGUUCUCGGCAAGGGCGACACCCUCCCUGCCAGGCUGCUAGCUAACAUGACCAACCCCAUCGCUCCCGAGUUUGCCAGAGCUGUGUCCCACCUUCUGUUCAACGUGUCGGACAAGGACGCAAACAAGUUUGUUGAAAACAUCGGAUACGGUUAUGCUUCUGGCUUCCUGUUCCAGAACAACAUCCCGGUUCCCGAAGGGCUGGGUGGCGAUGCCGAGAAGGGCGAAAGUUCCCAGGCUGGUCAAAGCAGCAGGAGGGCGGUCAACCCCAUUACUGGCCAAUUCUUGGAUACCGAGACGUUCCCGGAUAUGCCUGAGAUGACCAUGGAGGAGAAGGAGCGUGAGGCUGAGAGACUGUUUGUCUUGUUUGAGAGAGCGAGGAAGCUGGGAAUCGUUAAUGUUGAGAACCCUGUUGCCAAGGCGGUUCAGGAGGGUCGGUUCGAAGAGUUGCCCGACGACUACGAAGAGGAUUCGGACUGA